AUGGAUUGGGCCGAGAACUUCGUGGGCAUCUCUCGCCGAACGGAGGUGCCUAGCGUGGGAAUCAUUGGCCAGGCACCUGUGGGUGCAGACCGCCGGGCCGCAGGACAAGGCUCCGACCCGGGUGCUGUUGCCGCACAACUACUGCGGUCGAUUCAAAACCACCAGGUCACCUCUGCCAAAGACAUGUCGGCUGCGCCCUAUCGGCCAGGCGAUCUCCUGUCCAAGGCUAUGAGUGCAGAAACUUCAGAUGUACAGAUCCCAACUUCUUCUGCACCCUUUCCAGGGCAAAAGGCCGGCGCAGAGGUUCAUUGCGAUGCAGAGAACUUGGACUGGAAACGCAUGUCACAGUUUUCUCACCUGUCAGGAUUGGAAUGA